AUUUUUAGAUCCCAUUCAAAGCGAUAAAAGUGAUUUAACAUGUAACUAGUAACAUUUUCUGGAAGUAUUGCGAAAAUAACUCCACUACAGAAAAUGUCUGGCACAACUCAACUACUAUUUAUUUUAUUCUUAAAAAUUGUAAUUUUUACUGCUGCUGUAGAUGAAUUGGAGAUUGAACAAAUAUGUUUAGACUGUAUAUGCCAGGCCAUAUCUGAUUGUAAUAUGAAACUCGACUGCACUGUUGAUAAUGAUAUUACAUACUGUGGACCUUAUUAUAUCAGUAAAAUAUAUUGGAUAGAAGCUGGACAACCCGGAUUCGUGUACGAAAAUGAUGACGAAUCUUAUCGAAAAUGUACUCAGAAUAAGACAUGUGCAGAUCAAACAAUAAAAGGUUACAUGUAUUCUUAUGGAACUGAUUGUAAUGGCAAUGGCAUCAUUGACUGUGCUGAUCUAUUUAGAAUACACAGAAGAGGCAAAACUGGAUGCAGAGAGAAAUCGAUCGAAAAAGAAAGCUAUUGGUUAUUUUUUCUAGAAUGUUACCUUAAUAAUCAUUAUAAUCCACGGAAAGCAUUAAAUGAUCUUAUAUCUUAGAACAGUGGUUAGUGAAUUUUUAAUCUGGUUUUCAGGACAUCUCACAUUGUUGCAGAAAACUUCUACAGAUAUCGCAAAUACUCAGAUUUUUCUGAUACCCAAUGAUUUAUUUAAACUUUAAAUAAAUUUAUUGGGUAUCUAUUAAAUCACACAUAUAAAAACCUGUUUGAGUACCGACUUAAAAAAUAAAAGGGUUGA